CAGUAAUUAGUGUGAUUGUUUGAAGCUGCCUGAGGGAGACACUGUUACCGGCGUGUGGUGAUCGCAAGGCGUGCCCAGCCCCAAAACUGCUUCUUUUCACAGAGGUGGGUGAAAGAGGAAUCGACUGAAGAAAAUCCACAUGGACCUGAGGAGAACAUGCCAGAAACACACACAGGAUCAGAACCAGGAUCAGGACCCUGGAGCUGUAAGGGUUGUGUUGCGCAUGCGCGGUGGCGUCUGUGGGCUUGAGCGCAGCCUCAGUGCAGCUCUGGUGUGUGUUGGAGUCCGUGUUACAGGAGCAGAGCUGCGACCGUCCGACUGUUUCUGUCCUACCAUGAACAUACUGGAUUAUAUCACACCACAUACAGCACUGCUCCAACGAUAUUGACAUGAAGAAGGACAUAGAGGUGCUGAUAGCAGAGGAACGGGCACAAAUCAUCUCCAAAUAUGAAAAGGGCAGAGAGGAAGGAGUUGAGAUCGACCCAUGGGAGGAUGCAGACUACAGCAUUUACAGAGCCACCGACCGCUUCGGCUUCCUGCAUGAGGAGGAGCUUCCCUCUCCAACGCUGCUUGAGGAGAAGCACAAGCUGCAGGAGGUCGAGCGUGUGCAGAAAUGGCUCAAGAUGGUCAAAAAAUGGGACAAAUACAAGAACAGCGAGCGGAUGAUGAAGAGGGUGUACAAGGGGAUUCCACUGCAGCUCCGAGGACGAGCCUGGAGCCUCCUACUGGACGUGGAGAGAGUUAAAAGAGAGAACGAUGGCAAAUACGAGAAAAUGAGAGAACAGGCCAGGAUCUACUCCACAGAAAUCAAGCAGAUCGACCUGGACGUGAACAGAACCUUCAGAAACCACAUCAUGUUCAUGGAUCGAUUCGGAGUCAAGCAGCAGAGUCUGUUCCACGUGCUCAUGGCGUACUCAGUCUACAACACGGACGUGAGUUACUGUCAGGGUAUGAGCCAGAUAGCCGCCAUUCUGCUGAUGUACAUGAACGAGGAAGACGCCUUCUGGGCUCUGUCACAGUUACUGACCAAUCAGAAACAUGCUAUGCAUGGGUUCUUCAUCCCCGGGUUCCCUAAACUGCAGCGAUUCCAGAACCAUCACGACCAGAUUCUGUCCAAACUUCUCGCCAAACUCAAAAAGCAUCUGGACAAGGAGCAGAUGUCCACCGGUAUUUACAGCACCAAAUGGUUCCUGCAGUGUUUCAUCGACAGAACGCCGUUUCUUCUGACCUUACGCCUGUGGGACAUCUUCAUCCUGGAAGGAGAGAAGAUCCUCACAGCCAUGGCCUACACCGUCCUCAAGCUGCACAAGAAGCGUCUGUUGAAGAUGUCUCUGGAGGAGAUGAGGGAGUUCCUGCAGGAGAACAUGGCCGAGUCCUUCGGGUUCGAUGACGAUUUUGUUAUCCAGCAGCUUCAGGUCUCCAUGGCAGAGCUGCGCAGGAUGAAGCUGGACCUUCCUCCACCAGCCAAGCCCGACGAGCUGCCGCGGAACCCGCUGGGCCUGGAGCGACCUGUGCUGCUGACCCCCCUGAGACCCCGUGAACCGGGACCGGAUCAGGACACGCCGGACAAAAGCCAGCUAGCCAAGUGCCACCUAGGAUCACUCCAGAUCUCACUUCAGGACUCCAUAGUACCUGACCAGGACUCACCAGAACACAAGCGCAGCUACCAGGAUGGAGAAGUCGACCAACCAUCUCCCCGUACCUCCCCAGAUCCCGUCCUGGUGCACAACCAGAUCGAUUUCGGGCCGGACGGAGCCGCAGAGGAACAGCCGCCCCCGUACGAGCCUCCUGAAUGCUCACCAUCUGCUCACCUGGACGUGCACAUGUGGGGAGUUUCAGCAGAACUGAACUCACCUGAGGAGCCUUCGCAGGCUGCGGUGUGGAGCACAGACGUCGAUUUGUCCGGAAGGCGCCCGGACGAGUGCACAGACACGCCCGAAUCUAAGAGCCUGACGGAGACACAAAGCACGUCUGAAAGAGCUGAGAACUUGAGACAGGACUCACGACCGUCCUCCCCUCACGCCAGGGAUUCUGGGACUGAAAGGAGGCUGCCGAGUGUGCGCUCCGACCCCCUGUUUCAGCACCACCCGAGUGCCACGCUGCCCAAAUCAGAAACAUUCUAGAGUUUAACAGAAGCUACGGCUCAUUUUUAUGACUUGUUUUGCUUUUAAAAACAUUAAUAAUAA